GACCAGGCUGUUGUGGUCAGUCAAUUUCAUACCUAUGAUCCGCCCCGUUUCUCUGGGGAGAAUGGCCCGCUAGCUGUGGCUGAGUGGAUUCGUAAAAUGGAGCGGGUCUUUCGUAUUAUGGGUAUUUCUGAGGCGCAUAAGAUGGCUUGCGCCGAACUACAGAUUGAGGGUGCCGCAGGAGAUUGGUGGGAGGAUUACUGGCAUCUCAGCACCGAGGAUGAGCUUGAGGCCAUGAGAUGGUCGCAGCUUAAGACGCUCAUGGAGGAUAAGUUCUACCCUCGCCAUUUUCGUCAGAGGAUGGUACGGAAGUUUUCUACCCUCAAGCAGGGCCAGCGAUCGGUGGAUGAAUACGAUCGUGAAUUCGCUCGUAUGAGUGUCUUCGCUCCACACUUUGUAGAAUCAGAGGAAAAGAAGGCCCACCAGUUCCUCGAGGGAUUGAGGAAUGACAUCCGACUGUUGGUGGCCAGCCAUGGUUACCUUGAGUACGCCGAGACUGUUGAGCGAGCUCAUCAGGUUGAGGCGUAUAUCCAGCGGGAUGCCAUUGACCAGCCGCCAGCCAGACAGCCAGCACCACCCCAGCCAGCUCAAAAGAAAAACAAGAGAAAGUGGGACGAUCGUGAGGAUAAGAGGAACC